AUGAUUGACGUUAAAUUAAAAACUUCUCCCCCGCCUACUGUCGAUGAAAAUGACAGGAAAACCAAGGCUAAAUCUCUUCAUUUAUUAAGUUUCUCUAAGCCUCAUGGACGAACAUUUCACGUCGCUUGGUUUUCUUUUAUGAUUGCUUUUACUGGGUGGUACGCCAUAGCACCCUUGAAACCUUAUAUAAAAUCGGAUUUAAAAUUAACUAGUGAAAUAGCAACUAGUGAUAUAUUUUCUGGAUUAGCUACAAUUAUUUUUCGUGUUGUAGCCGGUGUAUCUUGCGAUCUUGUUGGACCGAAACGCGUAAUUACUGCUUUACUUUUUGCCGGUGCUAUACCUACUGCCCUUGCUGGUCUUAUUAAUAAUGCUGAUGGUCUUUAUGCUAUUCGCUUUUUCAUUGGUGUUCUGGGCGCAACUUUUGUUCCUUGUCAAUUUUAUACUACCCAAAUGUAUGAAAAAAAUGUUGUUGGUUCUGCAAAUGCUUUCGCCGGUGGUUGGGGAAAUUUAGGCGGUGGUCUUACCUACAUAUUAAUGCCUCUGGUAUUUGAUGGUAUAAACUCAAGUGUUGGAAAUACUAAUGCUUCAUGGCGUAUCGCUAUGAUAAUUCCUGCUGGACUUUGCAUAAUCGCUGGAUUAUUAAAUAUAUUCUUUGCCGAUGAUUAUCCAGGUGGUGAUUGGCUUAAACGAAGUAAAACUUUAGAAAAUGGUAAUGCUGGAGUUGUUGAAAUUCAUGAAGCCAAUGAAAAGAAAUUGGAUGGUUAUAAUGUUGAACAUUCUGAACAGGAUAAACCUAAAAAAACGGGAAAACUCACUGAAUUGUUAAGUGCAUUUUGCAAUCCCAAUUUUGGCCUUAAAGCUACAAAUGGUAAUUUUAUUGGUGCGGUUUUCGGUCUCAUGAACUUCUUUUCUCGAGCAACUGGUGGAAUAUUGUCUGAUUAUGCAAACAAAAAAAUCGGAAUGCGUGGCCGUUUAUUGACACAAUUUUUAAUCUUACUCUUUGAGGGUAUAUUCUUAAUAAUAUUCGGAUUUAACGCUGAAACUAUGACAUCGGCUAUUGUUAUUAUGAUCUUCUUUAGUUUCUUCACUCAGGGAGGUUGUGGUUCAUCAUACGGCAUAGCACCGUACAUAGAUCCUCCAAUAUAUGGUACAGUUGCAGGAUUGAUAGGUACUGGUGGUACUAUUGGUGGUAUAGUGUUUAAUUCAGUAUUCGCACGUUAUAGCACUGCAAUCCCACAAGGAUUCGUGAUAACUGGAAUAGUGGUCACUUGUGUCUCAUUCACUACCUUCCUUCUGAAAGUUACAGACCAAAG